AUGGACGAACGCAGCGAGGAGGUCGUGGAUCUGGUGAAACAGUUCAUGGCUCAGUACGAGGAGGAGGUGGGGCGUACCGCCCUCAAGGCGUCGGUGCUGCAAGUGCUGAAGGCCGAGACGACGGAGCCUCGCGAGGAGGCGCAAAAGAUCGAGAUCGGCACGGGAUUGGGCGAGGAGAACAACUUGGAGCUCGUGGAGACCGAUGUGAGUCAGAUCAUGCGCGUCUUCUUGCUCGUGGACUAUGGUUUCCAGUCGAGUAUGAUGGAUGCCAAGCGCCCGUACGUGUCGGUACUGCGAUUGACCAUGGAUUGUGUCAACAACACGAUAGUAGACGAGGAAAACAUGGAGUGCGACCUAUUAGAACACUUGGACCUGCCUCGACGCACAGGAGAAGUGGGCCAGGCGAUCCAACGCACCAUCGCUGACGCCGCCCCGGCUUCCUUCCUGGCUUCACACUCUCUCCACGUGAAAUACGACGCUGUCGAGCUGCAAGAGAUCGCAUCGAAUAAAGACAGAGAUACUGAGAGCAUGACGUAUGUUCGCUACCGAGUGGCAGACAGCAGCGGCAAGUUCGGCCACGACGACUGCAUGCUGGUGCUGCUACAGGCUCGUGGUGUGAACACGCUCAUGUACAACGACACAAUCUGCUUCGAUAGUGCAGCCAAGUCGGCUGUCAUGGUCGCGUACGAGUACGCCUCGAAUAAUUUAAGCUUCAGCGCGCUGAUCUUCGCCGCCAUCUGUGGGGGCGUCGUCGCCUCUGUCGUCCUGAUCCGCCAUCGUCGCAAGAACCAGCGCUUUGGCUACUCGUACGUCCGCUCCAAGAAGCCGUCGCAUGUGCCCAGCCAAGCAGCCACGGGUGUCAAGUAUGUCGAUGCCGAGUCGCCAGCGAUUGCCUGCUAA